AUGGCGGCGUCCGCGGCGGGGCGAGCGGCGGCCUGGGGGCUCCGCGGGGCGCUGGGGGCGCGGCGGGGCCGGGCCGCGACCCCCGCGCCGCCGCCCCCCGCCGCCGCCGGGCCCCGCCGCGCCCUCAGCGGCCCCGCCGCGGGCUCCGACACGGCCGCGGUGCUGCGGGAGCGGCUGCAGCAGCGCCAGGGCUCGGAGCCGGGCUCGGGCUCGCUGCGGCGGCUGGCGCUGCGCCUGGGGGGGCUCCUGGCGGCCACCGGCGGGGCGGCCGUGCUCUACAUCUUCGGCAGCAACGCCGUGGACGAGCACGGGGACAAGAUCCCCGAUGAGUUCGACAACGACCCCGUGGGGAUCCGGCACGUGAGGAGAACCUUCAAGUACUUCAAGGAUUACAGACAGAUGAUCAUCGAGCCCACGAGCCCCAAGCUGCUGCCGGACCCGCUGCGGGAGCCCUACUACCAACCCCCCUACACGCUGGUCAUCGAGCUCACGGGGGUCCUGCUGCACCCCGAGUGGUCGCUGGUGACGGGCUGGAGGUUCAAGAAGCGCCCGGGCAUCGAGCACCUCCUGCAGCAGCUGGCGCCGCUCUACGAGAUCGUCAUCUUCACCUCCGAGACCGGCAUGACGGCGUUCCCGCUGAUCGACAGCAUCGACCCGCACGGCUUCGUGUCCUACCGGCUGUUCCGCGACGCCACGCGCUACAUGGACGGCCACCACGUCAAGGAUAUCUCGUGCCUGAACCGGGACCCGGCGCGGGUGGUGGUGGUGGAUUGGCGCCGGGACUCGUUCCGGCUGCAGCCCUACAACGGGCUGGCGCUGCCGCGCUGGGACGGCGGCUCCGAGGACCGGGCGCUCUACGACCUGGCUGCCUUCCUCAAGACCAUUGCCCUCAGCGGCGUCGAGGACGUGCGGGCCGUGCUGGAGAAUUAUUCCCUGGAGGACGAUCCCCUGGCGGCCUUCCAGCGGCGCCGGACGCGCCUGGAGGAGCAGGAGCAGCAGCAGCGCCUGGCCGAGCUGGCCCAGGGCAAGCAGCCCGCGGGGGCUUUCCUGGGCAACCUCACCGGCCGCCUCUGGCCGCGCUCCAAGCAGCAGUGACGUCGCCGUGACGUCGCCGUGACGUCACCGCCACCUCGCGGGACCGCGGAGGAGGAGUGGGGGGGGACGACACUCCCCAAAAUCCCCUCCCCUCCCCCACCGUCCCGAACCCCGAAUUCCCGGGAAUGCCGCGGGAGAGGGGGGGG